AUGUAUCAGCGCUCGCACCUGUCUGUGGAGGACCCUGUAAUGGAUGGACACGAGGCGGACCAUCACUCAUCUGCCCCCGAAUGCAGCCGAGCACUGACCUCUGGGACCCGGCCUCUGCGGCGGUCAGAGGGUCAGAGGUUGCGCGCCUGCCCUGCUCGCUGUUGCCACGGUGAUGGACGGCGCCCGGCCCGCCAGAGAAAGACUGCAUUUGUCCCCGUCCCUGCUCACACACUGGGACGGUCCCACGCCUCCAUCACUCACUUGGAACUGCUGUAA